AAAAGAAAAAGAAAAAGAAAAAGAGAAGUCCAACUUCGCAGAGAUUCCCCAACCGAAUUUUAUAUGUGGACACAAAAAAACAAAUGGGUACUCCACAAUACAUUGUUACAAUCAUUAUUCAUUCAUGGAAGUUAAAGAUUGGUACAAUACGGGGUACAGUUCGGGGUACACAUAAUAGCUUCGCUCCUGCAACCGCGGCGUCCGCAUACAUAGCUCGAUCUUGAAAUCUAUGCGCCGCCUCCGCGCGCGAGUCGUCGUCAAUCGCGGGUGACGAGUCUCAUCCGACGACGACGACUACUAACCCAUUGCCCUACUCCGCCAUUAGUGGGGAAGGGGAGCUCGAGCGAUUCGAUCCAUGGGGGCCUCCACUUCGCAGGGGCAAAGGAGGAGGCGGUGCUCGGGCCUCCUAACCCUAGUCGUCGCCCUCGUCGUCGUCGCCGAGAUCUCCUUCCUGGGGCGCCUCGACAUGGCCAAGAACGCCGCCGCGGUCCACAGCUGGACCACCUCCCUCUACUUCCCCUCCUCCUCCUCCGACGGCGGCGGCGCCGACGAGUCCUCCGCCGCCUCCGGCGACGAGGAGAUCUGGCGAUGCGAGGAGCGGUUGGAGAGGGAGGACGCGGUUCCGUACGCUAGGGAUUUCGACAAGGACCCCGUCCUCGUCUCCGGAAUGGGAAAGGAUUUUACAACAUGUUCUGUGGGCUGUGAGUUUGGAUUUGCAGGAGACAAGAUUCCUGAUGCAACUUUCGGGCAACCUCAAGGUCCGACAGUAGCUAGUAUCCUUCGAUCGAUGGAAUCAUCACACUAUUAUGCAGAUAACAAUGUUGCCGCGGCCCGAAGGAGAGGGUUCCAAGUCGUUAUGACAACCAGCCUUUCCUCAGAUGUACCGGUUGGUUAUUUCUCGUGGGCUGAGUAUGAUAUUAUGGCACCUAUGCAGCCAAAAACUGAAGCAGCUCUUGCAGCUGCUUUCAUUUCCAAUUGUGGGGCCCGCAACUUCCGCUUGCAAGCCCUCGAGAUGCUUGAACAGAUGGGUAUUAAAAUAGACUCAUAUGGUGCUUGUCAUCGAAAUCGUGAUGGAAGAGUUGACAAAGUGGAAGCUUUGAAGAAGUACAAAUUCAGCUUGGCAUUUGAAAAUUCUAAUGAGGAGGAUUAUGUCACAGAGAAGUUCUUUCAGUCCCUUGUAGCAGGGUCUGUCCCAGUAGUCGUUGGUGCUCCAAAUAUACAAGAUUUUGCUCCUGCUCCUGGUUCCAUAUUGCAUAUUAAAGAACUUAGUGAUGUUUCUUCAAUUGCUCAAACCAUGAAACAUCUUGCUGCAGAUCCUGAUGCCUACAACCGUACUAUGAGGUGGAAGUUCGAAGGCCCAUCGGAUUCAUUUAAGGCCCUUGUCGACAUGGCAGCGGUGCAUUCAUCAUGUCGGCUCUGCAUACAUCUUGCGACGAAAAUCCGAGAAAAAGAAGAGAAGACUGCUAAAUUUCAGAAUCGCCCCUGUAGCUGUUCGAGCAACAAAGGGACUGUAUACCACCUGUUUGUUAGAGAACGAGGUCGUUUUGAGAUGGAGAGCAUAUUUCUCAGAUCGGACAAAUUAACUGUAGAAGCAUUAGAGUUUGCAGUGCUUGAAAAGUUUAGAUCCCUGAAUUAUGUGCCUAUAUGGAAGAAUGAAAGACCAGCAAGUAUAAGAGGAGGCGAUGAGUUGAAGAUAUAUAGAAUUUACCCGGUCGGCUUGACCCAAAGACAAGCAUUGUACAGCUUCAAGUUUAAGGAUGAUGCGGAUCUCAAGAGAUAUAUUAAGAACAACCCUUGCACAAAGCUUGAAGUGAUUUUUGUAUAGCCAGGGACCUGCGACUGCUUCUGAUACAUCUACAGUAAGUUUUCCACGCUUGGAAAACUCCUGAUUUUAGCAUAAUUGUCACUUUUUUAUAUUAAUCUUAUUUUUUUGUUAGAUUAAUAUGAUAAAUAGGUGAUUUGAGGACAGUAUAAACUUGUCUCGCUUCUUUGUUGUAAAGCAAUGGCUUUUUUCUUAUUCUAAAGUUAGACAAGCUUCAGAUGUUGUAUUAAUAUCUUAACACCAUAUCAUUAUAAAGUGAGGAAAUUGCUUUGAGUAUAA